CAGCAUGGCUGCCACAGGAGAACAAAGCAAAUUUACCCAAACAUUGUAUGGAACUCCUUCUUCAAGCAUAGCCAUUGGUGGGAUGGAUCCCUCUCAUGCUUGUAGCAUUCUCCAACAGCUCAAAAUGAUGUACGAUGAAGGACAACUGACAGAUAUUGUGGUAGAAGUGGAUCAUGGGAAAACAUUUUCCUGUCAUCGAAAUGUCCUUGCUGCAAUCAGUCCUUACUUUAGAUCUAUGUUCACUAGUGGCCUUACUGAGAGUACCCAGAAAGAGGUUCGGAUUGUUGGUGUUGAAGCAGAAUCCAUGCAUUUAGUACUAAACUACGCAUAUACCUCCAAAAUAACAUUGACAGAGGCCAACGUCCAAGCUUUGUUCACUGCAGCUAGUAUCUUCCAGAUCCCUUCCAUUCAGGACCAGUGUGCUAAAUACAUGAUCAGUCACUUGGACCCACAGAACUCCAUCGGGGUGUUUAUUUUUGCUGAUCACUACGGACAUCAGGAAUUGAAAAUCAGAUCGCAAGAUUACAUUCGUAAAAAGUUCCUGAGUGUCACCAAAGAACAAGAGUUUCUCCACUUGAGGAAAGACCAACUUGUAAGCAUAUUGGACAGCAACGACUUAAAUGUUGAUAAAGAAGAGCAUGUCUACGAAAGCAUUAUAAGAUGGUUUGAGCAUGAGCCUAGUAAAAGAGAGGACCAUCUGCCAGAAAUUUUUGCCAAAUGCAUUCGUCUGCCCCUACUGGAUGAAGCAUUCAUAGAGAAAAUCCCUCCCAUGUUUGCACAGGCUAUAGCCCAAAACUGUGUAGAGAAAGGACAAAACGGUGCCAAUGGCUAUACCCAGAGGCUUGGAAUGACUGCUUCAGAAAUGAUCAUCUGCUUUGAUGCUGCCCACAAACACUCAGGAAAGAAACAAACAGUGCCUUGUUUAGACUCCAUUACAGGGAGAGUUUUCAAACUAUGCAAACCGCCUAAUGAUUUAAGAGAAGUUGGGAUUCUUGUCUCGCCUGACAAUGACAUUUAUAUUGCUGGAGGAUACAGACCGAGCAGCAGUGAGGUUUCCAUAGACCACCGAGCAGAAAGUGAUUUUUGGAUGUACGAUCACUCCGGCAAUAAAUGGAUCCCUAAAGCUCCGCUGCUUCGUGCCCGGAUAGGUUGCAAACUGGUUCAUUGCUGUGGUAAACUGUACGCAAUAGGCGGUCGAGUUUAUGAAGGAGAUGGGCGCAACUCCCUGAAAUCCGUGGAAUGUUAUGAUGGCCGAGAGAACUGCUGGACAGCUGUCUGUCCGAUGCCUGUAGCAAUGGAGUUUCAUAAUGCUGUGGAAUAUAAAGACAGUAUCUAUGUUUUACAGGGAGAAUUCUUCCUCUGCUAUGAUCCUCGAAAAGAUUAUUGGGGUUUCUUAACUCCGAUGACUGUGCCUAGGAUCCAGGGGUUGGCAGCUGUCUACGAUAACUCUAUCUACUACAUUGCUGGAACCUGUGGAAACCAUCAACGUAUGUUUACUGUAGAGGCUUAUGACAUUGAAUUGAACAAGUGGACUAGAAAGAAAGAUUUCCCAUGUGAUCAGUCCAUUAAUCCAUAUAUUAAACUUGUUGUCUUGAAAAAUAAACUUCAUUUGUUUGUUCGAGCUACUCAAGUCACAGUUGAAGAACACAUCUUCAGAACCAGCAGGAAAAAUUCUCUUUAUCAGUACGAUGAAGCUAAUGACCAGUGGCAGAAAGUGUAUGAAACUCCAGAUAAGCUUUGGGAUCUUGGACGUCAUUUUGAAUGUGUUGUUGCUAAAUUGUAUCCACAGUGUCUUCAGAAAGUUAUUUGACUCCUCUCCC